AUGGGGGGCUGACGCAAAAUUUACGCAUAAGCGGGGUUGACUGCGAAAAUUGAAGUUCUAAAGUUUUGACUCUUGAGCUAUGUGUGAUGGAAGUGAAGCUAAGGCAGAGACCAGAUCUUCUUCUUCCUCUGUUCCAAUCAAAAUUCGAAUUCCCGUCUUGCAGUUUGUGUUUGAAAUCUUGGGCAAAGAGUGAGAGACUUCUGAAGAAGCAUAUUAGGGGCAAAUUACAGAAAUGGAGGAUUCGCAUUGGGGAGAUAUCAAAGGGUCAAUACUCGGCUAAGCACUACUCGGUUCAUGUUGUCAAAGAGGGAGAAACUUUGACUUCAAUUUCUAAGCAUUAUGGAGUUUCUAUCUACGCAAUUGCUGCAGCUAAUAAGAACAUAGCUGAUAUUGACCUUGUUUUUGAAGGCCGGCAUCUUAGCAUUCCUUUAGCAGACAAACACAUUCUAGAGAGAAGUUGGUCAGGAAAAUUCAAAUUACCUUCAAAGGAUCGGGGUUCGUUAAAUAUCUUAAAUGGAGUAUUAUCACCGAAGAAUUUCAGCCUGAUAUAUUUGUAUUUGGUACCCGAUGCUUGUCCAUGGUACUAUCAGGCUAGAACUGUCGGUGGUUUUUUAGUUCUGGUUUCACUUGUAGCGUUUUGCAUCAGAUGCAUAGUUGGUGCCUUUCAUAACAGAGCUUCCGGGGAGUUUAGACACAAAAAUGUGAACGAAUCUGAUGUAAAACAUCUACGGUCGCAAGGUGGGCGAUGGAGAUCUGCUCUUGGUGAUGCAUGGGAACCAGAGAGAACAGACGGUGACUCAAUUCCAGAUUCCAGAAAUCACUCCGAAGAUCAGCCUCAAAUUUCUUUUGAAGAGGCAUCUCACGCUUACAGAAAGCUUGAGCAUGAUUAUCAAGAAUUCCUAUCGCAAUGUGGAAUGAGCAAGUGGGGGUAUUGGCGAGGUGGUUCCCCAAGGUGAACCACUUGGAUCCUAUUUUUCUGCACUGAAACAAAGCUCUCGGAGCCCCCAAUUUCUGUAAAGUUUCUCUCUUUAUGUUUUUUAUAUUUAGGUCAUUUGUACACAA